AUGGCCCUAGGGGAAAUGUCGGGGGCUGACGUGGAAGCCGAAUACGUCGUGGAACGGAUUGUUGGCAGUAAAUUGAUCAAUGGCGUCGUUUACUAUCAUUUGAAAUGGAAAGGUUUUCCGAACUCUGAGAAUACGUGGGAACCCGUUACAAAUCUGGAAUGCGAGGAAUUGAUUGCCGACUUCGAACAGCAGCAGCUGCAGAGUUCGCCGGGGCCUGCGGAAGGGGAAACCUCUUUUCCUGAUAAAAGACACAAGAGAAAACGUCGGGCUGCUGCCAAAACGUGCCUCGAUUUCCUGCACAAGCCUGCUUUAGUUGUGGACGCGGAUUUCACCGCGGAAGCGAUCGUGGAUCACAAGAUGGUGGAUGGUGUUUUGUUCUUCCUCGUCAAGUGGGAAGACUACGGACCUGAUGAAAACACGUGGGAACCUGCGGAUAACCUGGACUGCAAAGCAAUCAUGGCUGCUUACUGCGAGCAAUUUCCAGAGGUUCUGGAAGACCUGAAACGACACGAAAAAGAUUCGAACGUUGCGGAUUUGCGAGGAAAAGCUGUCAAGAAGGAGAAUAUUGAGAAAAGUGUUCCCGUCUCCAUGGCUGAAAAUAAUCUCGAAAAAACGCCGAAGAGCAUUCCGGUCGUUCAUUUGGAGUGCAUGUUGUAUUAUCGAUUCUAUGUCAUGGAUCCGGAAGUAGAUCGAGAUGCCGAUGAUGAACAAGAUGUGGAAGAAUCUGUCGUGUCGCCUGUAGCAGAAAAUGGAGUAAGUGGAGACGCUCAAAAGGACUCUCCGGACAGUCCGCCUCCGGAUGAAAAUUCCGAGGAAAGCCCAGUUGAAGCCGAGACCCCGGCUGCAACGGAAAAUAAAGAAGAAGAGAAGAACGAAGAUUACGUCGUGGAGAAAGUUGUGGGAAGGAAAGAACUCAACGGCGUCGUGCAUUACUUUUUGAAGUGGAAGGGUUAUCCCAAUUCCAAGAACACAUGGGAGCCUGUGACCAACCUGGAUUGCAAAGACCUGAUAGAGGAAUUCGAAGAGAAGCGUUCGCGGGAUGAUUCCCGUGUCCGUCGGCGACCAGCUGAGGCCAAAACGACGGCUAAGGUGGACUUUUCUCGGCUUCUAACGUCCGAGCGACCAUCCAGGGGGAAGAGGUCCAACCCAGAACCCGUGAAGACGUCUCCCCGUGCCACAAAGGCCCCGAGGAAGGAGAAGAAGAAAGAAGAACCCGAAGAGGAAGAGGAAGAAGAAGCUGUGAACGAUUACGAGGUGGAGAAGAUCCUCAAACACAAGAUUGAGCGCGGCAAACUCUCUUUCUACAUCAAGUGGAAAAACUACGGAGCGGAAGACAAUACUUGGGAGCCCAUGGGGAACCUGGAUUGCAAGAAAAUCAUAAAUGAAUACGCAAGGAAAUUCCCGGACGUUCAAACAUUGUUGAGAGGAGGCAAACUGGAGCCUCCUCGAGCAGCUCCCAAGGUUGACAGGAAGUCCGACCCGAUACCAAAGCCGUUAAAAGAGAGGUCGGCUCGAGCUUCUCGAAAGUCUCUCUCCAACGGAGAUUCGCAGUGGGAAGCAUCCGUCGAAGAUUUUCAUACCUUUUCUUCUGCUCCAACCGUCAAGAAAUCAGGGCGGGGUUCGACGACAAGCAGGGGAAUUCGGCGUCCCGCAAAAUUUGAUUCCGAGAAUGAGGAAGAAAGUUGGGGCUUCGACAGAGGCCUGCAAGCGCUGGAAGUUGUGGCCGCGACUGAGACCAGAGGCAACAUAAAAUACUUUGUUCGCUGGAAAGGAAGUGAGGAUGUGGAUAUCAUCCCGAACAGCGUCUGCCGCGAGAAGAUUCCUGAAUUGGUGAUGGACUUCCUGGAAAAACAGAUCAAUUGGAAUUCCGUUUGAGCACGAUUUCGUUUUCCAAUCUCAUUUUGUAAAGUUUUGUUUGAUUCGUUCAAGUACGGUAUCUGAAAAUAGCGCUUUGUGUUUGCGUCUCAUUCCUUCGCGUGUCAUCCUUAAUUUUUUAUGUCAAGUUUUCGCAUCAGAUUUCGUGUAACGCAUCUCUGUCAGUUUUUUGAUAGUUUCAUUGAACAUGAGCGAAGUGGAGACUGGUGAAGCGGUGUUAGAUGGCGCUGUUCACGAAGAAGCACCUGUUGAAGAAGACUACGUGGUCGAGCGUAUUUUGAAUCGGCGAAUGAAGAAUGGGAAAGUGGAAUAUCUACUCAAAUGGAAGGGAUACGGAGAUGAUGAUAACACGUGGGAGCCAGAAACAAACUUGGACUGUCCAGAAUUGAUUCAUAUCUACGAAAGACGACGGGCGCAAGCAUUGGAGAAACAGAGGAGGCAACCUCCAGAAGUUCUCAAGAAACGGAAAGAAGCUGCGAGGAGACGACGUUUGAACAACAUUGCCUUGGACCGACCAAAAAAGGAUGUUGAGGAGGACAGUCGGCCGAGAGGCUUUGACCGUGGACUCAGCCCAGAAAGAAUUGUUGGGGCCACUGAUGUCCUUGGGGAACUCAUGUUCCUCAUGAAGUGGAAGGAGUUUGAUGAAAUGGACCUCGUCCCAGCAAAAAUGUGCAAUGCCAGGGCACCUCAAAUCGUGAUCAACUUCUACGAGGAACGUCAGCAGUGGCAAACCCUGCCGAGUUUACCUUGAACUUUCAAGUGUUCGACAAUUCUGUGUGUUGUGGUAUUCAUUUUUUUUUUUACAUGAAACGAUUAUAAAAGGUACUUUCUCGUUAAAGUUGUCCAUAUAAUAUUUUUAUCGUUCUAUUUGGGCAACAACGGCUACCUGACUGAUCUAAAUGCCUUAUAGUGGUUCACCACUGUUUCGAAAUUUUCAGGGUUCCAUCUUGGUUUCCUGUUGUCUGCGAAAUUUCUUUUGUGAAGUUACAAAAUGAAUGAGUAAGAUGUAUGUGAAGGUAUUUGAGGCAUUUCGUGAGUGGUCUAUAGCAAAAUUUCUUGGAAUAAAAAUUGAAAUGACAUCCAAGUGAGGUAAAAAUCAGGUAUUGUUCAGAAGAAAUAAACAUUCUUUUGCACACCAAGAAAA